CCUCUGGAAACCCAAAAGAGGUCUGAGGGUUUGUUUAUGUGGUGAGAACAGAGCCGGAGUCCUGCUGAGGUCACAGACCGUCCGUGUUCCGAUAGUGAACUGUGUGAAAUCACACUCACACUCACACACACACAUACACACACACGCACGCACCUCACCCCGCCCCUCCGGACCAGCCCCACUGCAGCGGCAAGCGCGCUGUCCGCGAACUUCCCUCAGUUUGUCUCAGAGCCGAGCGACAGAACCUGGACACUGAGGGACCGAUAUCACCUGGUCCUGACACAGAGGACACACGAGGACAAACUCACAACGGUUGGGCUUAUCCGGGACGGUUUAAAUCUUUUUUUUUCUCCGCGGGCGCGCGGCGGUUUUACGCGUGUCCAGGUCGUUUCCACGGGUCUAGGAAAGUCCUGAGGGUUCCGGGUUCUUUUUAAUCUUCUCCUCUCGAACAUUGUCCUCGUGGCGCGCUCACGGGCUGACCGACCAAUGACUUAUUGAUUGAUCGAUUGACUGAUUGAUGAACAGAUGCGUCAUGUGUCGGAUCUGAGUCCAGUUCUCAUCAUGGUUCCUCUUCAGCUGCUGCUGCUGGUGAUGAUAAUGAAGGUGUGCGGUGGCAGCAGAGUGACAGACUCACACACUGAGCGCCCAAGAAUCAAACGUUACGCCAUCAACCCGGUGGGACACAAGUGGACGCACCACAACAUUACAUACAGAAUCAUCAAGUUUCCCAACACUCUCAACGCUGAUGACACAAGAAAGGCCAUCAGCAUCGCCUUCACCAAGUGGAGUGAUGUGUCUCCUCUGACCUUCUGUGAGGUCACUGAUGGAAAUGCUACUGCUGACAUCACCAUAGGUUUCUACACCUUCAACCACACCGACUGCUGGUCGUCUCCUCUCCACCCUUGUUUUGACGGUCUGAAUGGUGAGCUGGCUCAUGCUUUCCUGCCACCACGAGGAGAAAUCCACUUCGACAACCACGAGUUCUGGAUCCUCGGCAAGUCCAGGUUCAGCUGGAAACAAGGUGUGUGGCUCAACGACCUGGUCCAGGUGGCAGCUCAUGAGAUCGGCCACGCUCUCGGCCUGUGGCACUCCAGAGACCCCCAGGCUCUGAUGCAUCCCAAUGCCACCUACACGGGACAGAGGAACGUUGCUCAGGACGACAUCUGGGGCAUCCAGCGUCUCUACGGUUGUCUGGACAAAAAACGAGUUUGUGAUCCUUGGGCUCGACUUGGCUUCUGUGAGCGGAGGAAGACUUUCAUGAAGAAGAACUGUCCUCAGCGCUGUGACCUCUGCUUUGAGCCUCUGGAAGCAGUUGCCACGCCAACGCCGCCUCCAGCCAAUGUCAAGAUCAAGAUGGUUCCGCGAGGGAAGGUGGUCGGUUUCCGGUGUGGAACCAAAAAUCCGCGCUCUCCGCCGAAAGUCAGCUGGUAUAAAGACGGCGAGCAGAUCCUGACCUCCAUCCCUGGCUACAUCAUCAUGAAGGGCCGCGACCUUCGCAUCGUUGCCAAUGAGUUCAACGAGGGUGUCUAUACCUGUCGCAUCCAUCGUCGUGGCGACAUUAUAUCUGCAAACUCCUGGGCGAUCCGACUUAAACCAGAGGAGCCGUCCAACAGCUGAGGACAAUGACAACAAGUGUCCUGACACAUCUGUCCAACAGCUCAGGACACAGGCAGAGGAGGAGGACAACAACAACAAUGAGUGACAGCAACAAACAAUGGCAACUACAAACAAAUUUAAGAGACAACAACUAACAAACAUACUGACUCAACAACCAAUUUUCAGAGAUACUGUACAAAGGAGAUUUGUUUACUCAAAGAAAAACUAAUACAGUAUUAAUGGACAAGCCCUGGUUUGACUUCAUGUCCAUGUAACAAUUUCAGCAUCAUGUCCUUGUGUUCUCAUGUUCUUCAGGAAAACUCCUGGACAUCAUGACCUCAUUCUCCCGCUUGGAUCACUGCGUGUCUGUUUACGCAUCCCUGUAACAGUUCAGCGGGCUGUCUUUCGUCCAGGACAUCAUGUCUUCGGUGUCUUCAGUGGGUUGUCCACACGAAGUAAUUCAGCUCUGUUGAAUUUAGACCAUCUAAUGCUGAUGACAUCAUCCAGCAGGGCUCAUGUGGUGGAGCUUAAUCUCCCUGACCAAUAAUGUCAAACACCUGAUCCUCUUUAAACUGAUAUUGCCCUCUGCUUGUCAAAUGUGAAAACACAUUUUGUAUUUAGUUAUUACAUUUUUUUCU